GCCUGCGGGGAGGGGGUGGCUCUGAGGAGACGCUGUAACUGGGGCCUGGGCCGUUCGCUGGCUGGUCACAGCGCCUAAGGCUGCGGACUCGCUAAGGAGCCGGCUGAAGCUAGGAGGAAGCAGCAACGGCAGAGAUGGCGCGGCUGGCUGCAGUUUGCAGAGACGGGGAGGAGGAAUUUCCCUUCGAAAAGAGGCAGAUCCCCCUCUACAUAGAUGACACCCUUACAAUGGUGAUGGAAUUUCCUGAUAAUGUGCUAAACCUUGAUGGACAUCAGAAUAAUGGUGCACAAUUAAAACAGUUCAUUCAGCGACAUAGUAUGCUUAAACAGCAGGAUCUAAAUAUUGCCAUGAUGGUGACAUCGCGUGAAGUCUUGAGUGCACUUUCUCAGCUUGUCCCAUGUGUUGGCUGUCGUCGUAGUGUGGAACGUCUGUUUUCCCAGCUUGUUGAGUCUGGAAAUCCAGCACUUGAGCCCCUUAUGGUAGGGCAAAAGGGGGUCCUUUCUGUAACUCGAAGCUGUAUGACUGAUGCAAAGAAGCUUUAUACUCUAUUUUAUGUGCAUGGGUCCAAAUUAAACGAUAUGAUAGAUGCAAUUCCAAAAAGUAAGAAGAACAAGAGAUGUCAAUUGCACUCCCUAGACACGCACAAGCCAAAGCCUUUGGGGGGUUGUUGGAUGGAUGUGUGGGAACUCAUGUCCCAAGAAUGCAGGGAUGAAGUAGUUUUAAUUGAUUCUAGUUGUCUUUUAGAAACAUUAGAAACAUAUCUGCGGAAACACAGGUUUUGCACUGACUGCAAAAAUAAAGUGCUCCGGGCAUACAAUAUUCUUAUAGGUGAACUAGACUGCAGCAAAGAAAAGGGCUAUUGUGCUGCACUUUAUGAGGGUUUGCGUUGUUGUCCACAUGAACGUCAUAUACACGUAUGCUGUGAAACAGACUUCAUUGCACAUCUCUUGGGUCGAGCUGAACCAGAGUUCGCAGGAGGGUAUGAACGAAGGGAAAGGCAUGCUAAGACAAUAGACAUAGCCCAAGAAGAGGUUUUGACCUGCCUGGGCAUUCAUCUUUAUGAAAGACUACACCGAAUCUGGCAAAAGCUACGGGCCGAAGAGCAAACAUGGCAGAUGCUUUUUUACCUUGGUGUUGAUGCUUUACGCAAGAGUUUUGAGAUGGCUGUGGAAAAAGUGCAGGGUAUUAGUCGAUUGGAACAACUCUGUGAAGAGUUUUCAGAAGAGGAAAGAGUACGAGAACUUAAACAAGAGAAGAAGCGCCAAAAACGGAAGAAUAGGCGGAAAAAUAAAUGUGUGUGUGAGAUUCCUGCUCCCUUACAGGCAACAGAAGAGAGAGAGAUAAGUCAGGCGAAGGAAAACUCAGACUUCACGGACAAUAGUUGCAAAGCCUGUGGUAGUACAGAAGAUACUAGCAGUUGUGUAGAAGUAAUUGUUACCAAUGAAAGCACUUCAUGUACCUGUCCUAGUAGUGGCACUCUUUUGGGUUCACCUAAAAUAAAGAAAGGUAUGUUUAACUUAUUUUUCAUAACUGUUUGUUCUGAAAACAUUUGAUGUAGAGUGAGGGAAGAUAUUUUCAGAUACUCUC